AUGCCAAAGAUCUCGCCCAUCAAGCAGCUCGCCGACGCUCACGAUGACGGAAUCUGGGCCGCCGCGUGGGCGCCGCCGACGGACGCGCGGCCGCAGGCGGUGCUGCUGACGGGAUCCGUCGACGAGUCGGUGCGCGUGUGGGCCGGCGACGAACUGACGGCUGCGCGAACGAACAGCGGUCACACGCUAGGAGUGGUGGCUAUAGCGGCCUGUCCAACCACCUCGCGAGCAGCAUCCUCCUCCUUAGACUGCUUCGUGCGUGUGUUUGACGUUGACUCCAACGCCACCAUUGCCACCCUCGAAGCCCCCCCUGCUGAGACAUGGCACCUGGCCUUCCACCCCCAGGGCAGUUUUCUUGCUGUGGCGGGUGGCAGCAGCCAGGCUGUCAAGCUAUGGAGCACUGCCACGUGGCAGGAGGCCACCACUCUCGACCUGCCAGCUGGACCCGCAGUGCCAGCCACUGCGGGCGGCAACAGCAGCAGCAGCAGCACGACGCUGGCUGGGCGGUUUGUUUUGUCUGUGGCGUGGAGCGUGGACGGCAAGAGGCUGGCGUGUAGCAGCAUGGACGGCACUGUAGCGAUCUUUGACACGUCAGCAUCGCCCUUCCGGUUCCUGCAUUUCCUGGAAGGUCACCACCUGCCUGUUCGCUCCCUCGCCUUCUCACCCAUCGACCCCCGCAUCCUCGUCACUGCAAGUGACGAUCGCCACACACAUGUGUAUGAUGUGGAGGGAAGGCAGCUCAUAGCGUCGCUCUCAGGCCACACCAGCUGGGUGCUCUCGGCUGAUUGCAGCCCUGAUGGUGCUACUAUCGCCACAGGCUCCAGCGAUCGAACAGUGAGGCUGUGGGACAUGAGGCAGAGAACAGCGCUGCAGGUAGCGAAGGAGCACAAGGAUCAGGUGUGGGCUGUGGCAUUCCGGCCCCCUGGGGGAGAGGGGGUGAGGGCAGGGCGGUUGGCAAGUGUAUCAGAUGAUAAAUCCAUUUCCUUAUACGACUAUUCGUAA